AUGGCUAUUCUAGUUAAACCAUGUAAAAUAAAUGUUUAAAAUGGUGGUUUUGUAAUGUCAAUACAUACAGGUAAUCACUCAAAUAAAUGUAAAUAUUAAAAACGGUCAAGCAACCACUUGAGAUGGAAUGACCCUAAAAUAGCACUACAAUAUACUGAUAUAAAUUAAUACAAAUCAAUAAAACAUAAACCGGUGGGAAAAUAUGGACAUGCUCAGUACACGUGUCUGGUUCCCGACUUAAACCCGGUUCAGUCUUCAUCCCCUAUACCUUAAAAUCCGUUUCUGGUGAUCGGCUACAUCACCUGUAUAACAACACUGUGUCUUUCCAGUUACUGUUAACAACGGUUUCUUGCUGCCGUUAGUAUUCCUGCUUUGACAUUGAAAACUAACAAAGGACGAGAGAGAGAGAGAGAGAGAGAGAGAGAGAGAGAGAUGACCACACUGACUACAGUUCCGAGCACUGCCGCUAGACACUGACUGGCGCUCUUGCCCUCCAAAUUAAAUUGUUGGCAAUUGCAAUAGAGGGAGAGUGUAUUCUGUUUCGAGGACUUGUUUCGUUAAUGUUAGAGUGAAUGAAACCAAAAGCGACAGAACUACAGGACACUGCACACACUCGAGCGCAUACGCGCACACAAUGGGACGGGGAUCCUCACGCAGCACGGCGAACUGGAGGGACAUGUGCAGGGACACGCGUUGUGUUGUCAUUAUUUAAAUGAUAGCAGAUCGGAUAGUGUGAACCUGAGAGAGAUGAAUUGACGUGUUGUUUUUUUAGCAACGGUGGGACGGACGGGUUUCUACUGGCGCGCCUCACAGCCAUGGCAUGGUUUUGUAUCUUAACUUUGGCAGUCGGUGUUCACGUGAACAAAGUGCUAGCUGGGCCACGCUUCUCUCAGGAGCCGGCAGAUCAGUCUGUGGUGUUGGGGGAGCGGGUUGUACUCUCCUGUGUGGUGUUUAACUACACGGGCAUCGUCCAGUGGACCAAAGAUGGACUCGCUCUCGGCAUUGGAGAGGACCUAAGGGCAUGGCCACGUUAUCGUGUAUUAAGGAUCAUUGAUGUGGGUCAGUAUAACCUGGAGAUUUCAUCAGCCGAGCUGUCGGAUGAUUCUCUGUAUGAGUGUCAAGCCACUGAAGCAGCUCUCCGAUCCAGAAGAGCCAAACUCACUGUCCUCAUUCCCCCAGAUGAUCCAGUGAUAGAAGGGGCUCCAGAGAUUUUGUUGACAGCAGGAAUCUCGUAUAACCUAACAUGUGUGUCGCGAGGGGCCAAACCACUCUCGACAAUAGAGUGGUACAAAGAUGGAGUUAUAGUGGAAGGAGCUCAUACUAGCACUGAGGUUUUACCUGACAGGAAGCGAGUAACUACACGCAGUUUUCUGCCUAUUCAACCAGUAGACACAGACACUGGACACAACUUUACCUGUGUCGCCUCCAAUCUGGCUGUGCCACUGGGCAAACGAGCCAGUGUCACACUCAACGUGCACCAUGCUCCCACAGUUUUAUUAUCGAUUGAGCCUCGUUCAGUUCUAGAGGGAGAAAGAGUGACAUUUACAUGCCAAGCUACAGCCAACCCUCCUAUCAUGGGCUACAGGUGGGCUAAAGGUGGAGUAAUCCUUGAAGGAGCAAGGGAGAGUAUGUUCGUGACUACAGCUGAUCACUCGUUCUUCACUGAGCCUGUUUCCUGCCAGGUGUUCAACGCUGUGGGCAGCACCAAUGUCAGCAUAUUGGUGGACGUACACUUUGGUCCCAUCCUGGUAGUGGAACCAAGGCCUGUAACGGUGGAUAUGGACUCUGAUGUAACACUGAACUGUAAAUGGGCAGGAAAUCCUCCUCUUACACUCACCUGGACAAAAAAGGGCUCCAGUAUGGUUCUCAGUAAUAAUAAUCAGUUGUAUUUGAAGUCAGUGAGUCAGGCUGAUGCAGGACAGUAUGUGUGUAAAGCCAUUGUGCCCAGGAUUGGGGUUGGGGAGACAGAGGUCACACUUACAGUCAAUGGUCCGCCAAUUAUUUCAAGUGAACCAGUUCAGUAUGCUGUGAGAGGUGAGAAGGGCGAGAUCAAAUGCUACAUUGCGAGCACACCUCCUCCUGACAAAAUUGUGUGGGCCUGGAAGGAGAAUGUAUGGGAGAAAGAUAGAGGCACUCUGUCAGAGAGAUACACAGUAGAGCAGAGCAAACCAGCAUCAGAAGGGGGUGCUGUGCUCUCCACCCUCACCAUCAAUAAUGUGAUAGAGUCAGACUUUCAAUCCACAUACAACUGCACGGCCUGGAACUCAUUUGGACCAGGCACUAUGAUCAUCACACUGGUGGAGACAGAUAUUGUCCCAGUGGGUAUAAUAGCUGGUGGAACAGUCGGAUCCUCCAUCCUGCUGCUUCUCUUCUUGCUUGCUCUGGCCUUCUACCUCUAUCGCCAGAGAAAAGCCAGUCAUCGAGGGGUUGCACUGAAGCCUGACAUCAAGGUCGAGACAGUCAACAAGGAGACACCGAAUCUAGAGGAGGAUACAGCAGGCGUCUCUACAGCAUCUCAUAUGUUUCUUCCCUCUGUCUCCCUCUCUCCCUCCACUCAGCCUUUCAAAGAGGACACGGACCUGAAGCUGGACACACGCAGUGAAACACUGGAGACCAAGGAGGAGUAUGAGCUGAAGGACCCAACGAAUGGCUAUUACAACGUACGCGCGACAACCCAUGACGAAGGGCGUACCACGGCCCGCUACCAGGAAUUCCGUCCACCAAAUCCAGCCUCAGUGUCCACUUCUACAGCAGGCUCAGCACCCAGUAUUAAUCCUGCUCCCAUUGGGCGCUAUGAACCGCGCCCACCAUCUCGGAUUACUCACAACACCUACGCCCACUUCAGCACCAUCGCCAGGACCAAACAAAGCCAGGGUCCAUCCAAAGCAGCACUUCAGACCACAGACUAUUCCAGAGAAUGUGGCUUGCUGGAAUCAACCAAUCAGCUCACUUAUGACACAUAUGGAUACCAAACCACGGCGCAGUAUGCACAGUACAGGCUUGGCUUUGCUCCAGCGCUUGAGGAAGGACCAGCAUAUGAGAUGUAUCCAACAGGACAGGGGGUAGGGCCAAAUCAAGGGGUAGGGCCAAAUGCAGGACUGGGGAAGUAUGGGAGCUCAACACGUUUCUCCUAUUCGUCUCCACCCACAGAAUACUCUCAGAGACACACCCAGAGGAUGCAGACACAUGUAUGAGAGUGUAACAGGACACUAACACACACACACACACACACACUUAAAAUUGUGGUUAACCAAACGCUAGAUUCACAGAUUAGUGUAGCUAUCUCACAGUCACACACACACACAUACACACACACACAUACACACACAAGCAUAAGCAUGUGCACACACCAACACACACACAUUGUAUUUUGUAUCAUCUCAUUGUGUGCCAUCACUAUAGUGCCAAACCAAGAUUAAAUAUGAAAUGCAAAGAUAAAAUAUAAAAAGGGUGGAGGGACACAUUCAUGAAUUCUAUAUAUUCUCUCCUCUAUUCUCCCCUUACCCCUAUUUCUCUUUUCCUGUCAUCAUAUGUAAAUAUAUCCGAAAGAAGUGUCAACAGACACAAGCAGUGUUUCCUGAAGUUGAUAACUGCCCUAGUAUAACAAGCAGGAUAGCUGAGAAGAAGCAGCAGGUUUGUUAAUUUAAGGGAACAUUGUGACUCGACUGUUUCCUGUGGGAAUCUGCAGAUGGCACCAGAGGUUGUUGGGAAAUGUCUCCAGUCUGUGCCAUUGGAUAAUAUGAAAGACAGUGUAUGUGUGUAAAAUGUAUCCGCUAGAGUGCACAGUCUCAUUGGUGUCAAACCUGCAAGAAUUGCUGAAUAUCAUCAGAUAUGAAAUAGUCAACCGUUAGAUUUGUGCUUGUAGCAAAAGAGUCUCAGUCCAUUGUUGUUGUCAGCCCAUAAAAUGGCGAUGGAAGUCUACAUAAUUUAUAGCAUUUUGUCUUAGCAGUACAUCAAUGACUGGCAGCUAUUGCAAAAAUUGCAUUUUAUAAAACUCCUAUUGGUCCCAAGACCAAAUGUGAUAGAUUUGGUCCAAAUUGCAGAUGAAGACCAGCUUUUCCAGCUAUAUGAAUACAUUAAGAACAGCAUUUGCACUGCCCUUUUUAUAAAGGGAUAUGUGUAGUGUUAUGGAACAAAAACUAUAACUGUCCAGUAUUCUGGGCCUGAAAACACUGAAUUACAACAAACUUAGAGGAGAUACUACACAUACAGUGGUGCUUGAAAAUUUGUGAACCCCUUAGAAUUUUCUAUUUAUCUGCAUAAAUAUGACCUAAAAUGUCAUCAGGUUUUCACACUAAAAGUACUAAAAGUAGGCAAAGGGAUCACAAUUAAACAAAUGAGACAAAAUAUUAUGCUUGGUCAUUUAUAUAUCGAGGAAAUAAAUCCAAUAUUUCAUAUCUGUGAGUGGCAAAAGUAUGUUAACCUCAAGGAUUAGCAGUUAAUUUGAAGGUAGAAUUAGAGUCAGGUGUUUUCAAACAAUGGGAUGACAAUCAGGUGUGAGUGAGCACCCUGUUUUAUUUAAAGAACAAGGACCUAUAAAAGCCUGAUCUUCACACCACAUUGUGUGUUGUUUAUGCUCAGAAGGCUGAAAAAAGCUACAAGAAAAGGUUACAAAACCAUCUCUAAAGAAUCUGGAUUCCACCAAUCCACAGUCAUAUAGACUGUAUACAAAUGGAGAAAAUUCAGUACCAUUGUUACCCUCCCCAGGUGUGGUCUACCAACAAAGAUCACUCCAAGAGCAAGACAUGUAAAAGUCUGUGAGGUCACUAAGAAACCCAGGGUAACUUCUAAGCAAAUAAAGGCAUGUCUCACAUUGGCUAAUGUUACUGUUCAUGAGUCCACCAUCAAGAGAACACUGAACAACAAUGGUGUGAAUGGCAUGGUUGCAAGAAGAAAGCCACUGCUCUCCAAAAAGAACAUGCUGCCUAUCUUCAGUUUGCUAAAGACCACACUGACAAGCCAGAAGGCUAUUGGAAAAAUAUUUUAUGGAUGGAUGAGACCAAAAUAUAACUUUUUGGUAUAAAUGAAAAGCAUUAUGUUUUGAGAAAAGAAAACACUGCAUUCUGGCAUCUGUGAAAUAUUGUGGUGGAAGAAUCAUGGUUUGGGCCUGUUUUGUUGCAUCUGGGCCAGGACAACUUGCCAUCAUUGAUAGAACAAUGCAUUCUGAAUUAUACCAUUGAAUUCUAAAGGAAAAUGUCAGGACAACUGUCCAUGAUCUGAAACUCAAUAAAAAAAAUGGGUCAUGCAACAAGACAAAACUGAUCAACACUUACCAGAAACGUUUUGUUGCAGUUAUUGCUGCACAAGGGGGUCACAUCAGAUACUGAAAGCAAAGUUUCACAUACUUUUGCCACUCACAGGUGUAUAAUAUUGUAUCAUUUUCCUCAAAAAGUAAAUAAUUAAGUAUGAAUAUUUUUGUCGCAUUUGUUUUAUUUGGUUCUCUUUGUCUACUUUUAGGAGUUGUGUGAAAAUCUGAUGUUGUAUUAGGUAAUAUUUAUGUAGAAAUAUAGACAAUUCUAAAGGGUUCACAAAACUUUCAAGAACAACUGCAUGUGUGAGCAACAGCUUAGCUCCACUUGUUCUAGAAAAAAGGCAGAUAAAACUUUUCUAAGCCUGCAUUCAUAAACCUUUAUGACUGCACUUUUGUAAUUUUGGUACCAAUGCUAUAGAAAAUGUAUAACUCUUUUAUAAUACUUCAUAAAGCUUUAAGGAAAUUAAUUAUAAUACUUUUUAUUAAUGACUUAAACAUGUUGUAAUAUAAAUGACACUGUUCGUUAUAAUGCCCUGUGGUUUACAGCAUUACUGCCCUGACUGAUUGUGUGCUGUGUAUAACUAUAAUGCACCUUUUAAUAUGUAUUAGGAAGUGUGCACAUCAGCUAAACAUUAUUUCUAUUAUUUAUAUUACAAGUUUGACAUACCAUGUACAUAGGCAUAUUAAUGCAGUUUAAAUAUUUGUAGUUACAAAGCAUUAUUUUACCAAAAUUACAAGUAACAAUAAGUACAGUCAUAAAGUUUUAUACAUUCAGGCUUUAUAUAAAGUCUUACUGAAGAAAAAAAAAAAAAAACUUUCUGAGAUGCUUUUUCAUACCUGGUACAAAAAGUACUAAAAAAAGAAAAACCAGAAGAGGUAAAGUCCUCCCUUCCACAAAACCUAAAUUGUUUGCUACUUUUUAUGUGUGUGUGGGCGAGCACACAAUCUCAUAAAUGUUGGGAUGUUCCAGAGGGGAACAAUUUAACCUUUUCUAUUUGUACAGUCCUCGUGUCCUACAUCACAUAUUUGCCUCUGCAAAGUAGAAUUGCGCUUUUUUCACGUUUGUAUCUUAGAACAUGGCAUUUGAAAGCAUUUUAUAUAUUUUUAUACAAAAGAAGACAGAACAACAGUUCAGAAAAUGUGUGGAAAGGCAUUUGUUUCCAAGUCAUUGUUGAUUUGAGUAAUUUGUUCUUGUUACAGUUUCAUUACCAGACAGUGUCCACUGAAUUAAAAAAAAAAAAAUACCAAUGAUUAUUUUGAACAUUGAAAAAAUACCAACUGUAAGAUUAUUUUUUAACAUUAAAUGUUACAAAAGCUACAUUAUAGUUUGCCAUUCCUUUUUCUCUCCAGAUUGUUGACCUAAUAUUUCUUUAUGUGCCCAUUUUGUACCAUCUGAAUGAAAGAUGCAAAUGAAAUGAAAUAUAACUAGGCCAGGUUUUAUCCAAAUGCAUUAUAUAGAUAUUAAUCAUUGAUGUUUCCCGAUGCACAUGGUUUAGGUGGAAUUCUAAAAACUGUCUUCCCAUUAGAUUGUCAUUGCAGGACAGAUUUGCUAAAUCAAAUUUAACAAAUAAAUGGCUUCAGAUGUAUGUACAGUGCAUAUGUACAUGUACAUAUACAGGCAGCCCUUUGCGGGUGAAUUUUCCUACAUUGCUUAUUCACAAUCCCACUGUGAAUAAUUCAGUGGAAAUUCCUUUUAAUAGGAAGUUCUGCUUAGUAUUGAAAUUAUACAAUAAAUUCACUCUCUUUAGCAGGGCAAAAUACCAUUUUGUAUUAAAUGCCACAAACAUGAAAGUAGAUAUCACAUUAUAAGUCAGUCUCUCUCAUCUCCACAAAUAUAAUGGAUGAUCGAAUGUGCAGUACUCUUCGUGGAUGUGUCAUAGCAUGAAUAUCGCCCACUCAUGCAAUUAUUGUAUCUAUCUUAUUCCUGUUAUAAAAGCCUAUUUAGUAUUAUUGUGUUUAUAUUGGGUCUUUUACUUGUUCUUGUGAAUUUCAUAAUUUUAUUCAUCUUUUAAAUGUGUACAAAAAUCUAAAUUUAUAUUAUUCAUAUUUGUCUUAUUCCCUAAUCUUAUUUUACACAAGAUUUUUUAUUGUGUGAUUAUUUUUCCAUAUUAUUGAAUAAAUACACCUUUUUCAUAGUAACCAAAGCUCAUGUCAUUCCUUUACAGAUGGAUAAAUAUGAAUAAACAGUGAAGGUUAAUUAUUCAUCUGUUGCUUAUUCAUCUAAUUUAUGUAGUGUAGGUAUACUGUUAUUUUGUGAUGUUCAAUGAUAGGGAUAUUCAUUCAUCAGAAAUAAAAGGUCAUAAUCACAACUUCACACCAGGUGUCUUAAAUCAUCCUGUUUACAAUACAGUCCUGCUUACAAUCCUGUAAAAUUAGCCUAACAUGCCUAUCCAAGGCAUACCCAAAGUAAUAUUAAAGCUGUUCUUGGACCAUUUGGAGUACAUGCAUAGUUUUGGUCUCUCACACUCUGACGUUCCAUUUCAAUGGGAACUCAAUGUUGCGUAAGCUUCAC